GGGGAACAAUGGCAACGUGAGGUUAAAAUCUUCUGUUUACAUGCUGUCAUAACAGAAACAGUUCUGGAAUUUCGAUUCAAUUUUACACAAGCGGAAAUGGACGCUAAGGAAUUAUUUAAACAAUUGAGCUGUGGAGCUAUUUUCACGAAACCAAUUGCUUCAAAGUCAUAUGGACAAAGUACUGUCACUUCGAGCUACAUUAAGAAAGAAAUAAAAGAUGAAGAGCCGUCUGUUGACUCGGAUGUGUCGAUCAAGUCAGAGGAUGAAAGUGACAAUGAAGGGCAAAGUACGCAGAUCCAAAUAUUAAGCGACUCGGCAAUGCCAGUGCAGGUGUCAAAGAAAAAGAAAAAAGUGACUGCCGAACAGUUGAAAAAUUGGGAAACGGAGAAGGUCAAUCAUUUGAGAAACAAAUACCACAUCCAUGUGAAGGGAUCAAAUCCUCCGGAUCCGCUCGAAACGUUCGAUGAAAUGAAAACAAAAUACAGCAUCGAUUCUCAAGUGUUUGACAAUUUGUUCGGCUGUGGCUACAACGUUCCUACACCCAUUCAGAUGCAAGCGAUUCCGGUUAUGGCUAGUGGUCGUUCUUUGAUGGCAUGUGCUCAAACUGGAUCGGGUAAAACGUCGGCAUUUCUCUUACCCAUAAUCAGAGACUUGAAAAAGCCUAAGAAACGAGGCUUUCGUGCUGUAAUUUUGUGUCCAACACGAGAACUCGCUAAGCAAACGCAACGUGAAUGUCUACGGCUGGUGGACGGUCUAGGACUACGUGUUCAUAUAUUGAGUAAAGUCAACCAGGCGGAAAGUCGGUACGGUGACAAAAGUAACAAGAAAUUCGACAUUCUAAUUACAACACCAAACCGUGUCUGCUAUCUGUUGAAUCAGAAGCCGGUUGUGUUGGACUUGAAGAGCGUAAAAUGGCUGAUAUUGGACGAAGCGGAUAAACUGUUCGAAGAAGGCAAAAAUGGAUUUCGCGAACAAUUUGAUCAAAUUUACAAAGAGUGCUCGAGACCUUCGAUAAAAGUCGGUCUAUUCAGUGCCACUUGGACGAAUGCAGUGGCAAAAUGGUGCCGAAAGAACCUCAAAGGUUUUCUGACCAUCACCAUAGGCCAGCGAAAUGCCGCCACCGAUUUAGUUGAACAGGAACUCGUUUUUGUCGGAAGUGAAGCUGGUAAAUUGCUCGCAUUCAGAGAAAUGCUGCGAAAGGGACUACAACCGCCGGUUCUAGUUUUUGUAGAUAGUAAGGAUCGGGCGCAACAACUUUACAAGGAAUUAAUGUUCGAUGGCAUUAACAUUGAUGUCAUACAUUCGGAUCGGAGUCAACAGGAGCGCGAUAAUGUGGUCAAAGAUUUCCGUGAAGGCAAAGUGUGGGUGCUGGUGUGUACGGAGAUAAUAGGUCGUGGCAUUGACUUCAAAGGUGUCAAUCUGGUGGUUAACUAUGAUUUUCCACAAUCGGCUAUCUCAUACAUUCACCGAAUCGGUAGAACUGGUCGAGCUGGUAGACGAGGUAGGGCGAUAACGUAUUGGACGCAGAACGAUACCAUCAAUUUGAAGAGCAUCGCAAAGGUCAUCAAAAAUUCCGGUUGUCCGGUGCCCGAAUACAUGUUAACGAUGAAAGAGCAUUCGAAGAAGACGAAAAAGAAGCUGAAAAAAACAGUCCCAGAACGUGAAGAUAUUAGUGUAAAGCACGCUGCCCGAAAACAUGUCAAAACGAAUAAAUUCGACAAGAAAAAGGUGAAUGGAAAACCGAUUCAAAAUGGAAAAGUGGGCAAGGCAAAAUCGAAGACGAAAUUUAAGAAAACAAUGAAGGCGGAGGGUAAAAAGAUGUCUGUUAAGAGGGCGGCCGAUGGCAAAUAAAUCAUAUACAUAACUGCAA